AUGGACCCUGUAAAUCCCAACCAAAAGGCCCGAACCACGCAGCAAUACGCCUUGUUUCAGCGAAAGAACUUUUGGAAAUCCAAUGAGGGUGAGGUACCGGUAUUCAACACAGAACCGGGCAAACUCGAAGAAUUAGCAAAAGAGAAACUCAGCCAAGGUGGCUGGUUCUACGCGUCUUCAAAUGCCGGCCAAUCGCACACCCAUACCGUAAACAGACAAGCGUUCUACCGACAUCGAAUUAUCCCGCGUAUGCUCGUAGAUACCAACCAGCGCGACACUGCGACCGAGAUAUUUGGACACAAAGUUCCUGCGCCGAUUGGAUUUGCGCCUGUUGGUAUCAACAAGAUCUACAACCCAGAGGGCGAGCUACCCGUAGCAAGAGCCGCGGGCGCCUUGGGGCUACCAUACUGUCUCUCGACAGCAGGCUCACAGAGCAUAGAGGACGUAGGCCAUGCCAACGACGAGGGCGUGAGGAAAGGACAAGGCGACACAGGCACCGCUGCCGGUGGCGGCGAGAAGGGCGUGAGGUUCUUCCAGCUCUACAUGCCGCACGAUGACGAGCUUACUCGUUCGCUCCUCCAACGUGCUGUGGACAGCGGCUUCACAGCCUGCAUCCUAACGCUUGACACUUGGCAGCUCGGAUGGCGACACGACGAUGUCGCAAAUUCGAAUUACGCCUUCUACCAUGGGCUCGGUGCGGAUCUGGGCCUGACAGACCCCGUCUUCCAGAAGAGGCUCAAGGAAAAGGGUAUUGACCCCAAGACACAGCCCAACGAAGCUGGCGCGCUCUGGAUCGAUAACGUAUGGCAUGGGCGCGCGCAUACGUGGGAGAAGGCUGUGUGGGCGAUGAAACUAUGGAAGGAGCUCAGUGGUGGUAAGCCGUUUUCUCUGAAGGGCAUUCAGAGUGUCGACGAUGCGAAGAAGGCUGUUGAUCUGGGCUUCGAUGGCAUCGUUGUGAGCAACCACGCUGGAAGACAAGUCGACGGCGCAGUCGCAAGUCUUGACUCUCUUGAGAAGAUUGUUGAUGCUGUCGGCGACAAAAUCUACAUCAUGUUCGACUCUGGCGUCCGUUCCGCAUCCGACGUCUUCAAAGCGCUCGCUCUGGGCGCAAAGUUCGUAUUCGUUGGCCGUCUGUGGAUCUGGGGCCUUUCGAUCAUGGGCGAGACGGGAGUUGACCAUGUUAUGCGCGGUCUACUAGCUGAUCUGGACAUCUUGAUGAAUGUCGGAGGGUUCAAGAAUGUUGGGGAGAUUACGAAAGAUGCGCUGGAGAGUGGACCGAAGAGUUAUCCGCUUAUGCAUACGGCUAAAAGAGACCCUGUAAUCAAGAUGUCGGUCAUUCUAUGCACAGCCGGUUACGACCAUACCAUUAGAUUCUGGGAAGCGCUCUCCGGUAUAUGCUCCCGGACUAUCCCGCACCCUGACUCCCAAGUCAACCGCCUUUGCAUCUCGCCCGACAAGCGAUACCUCGCCGCCGCCGGUCACCAUACGGUCAAGCUCUACGACAUCAAGUCGACGAACCCGAAUGCGAUCCUCACCUUCGACGGUCACACCUCCAACAUCACCGGUGUCGCGUUCCACUGCGAGUCCAAGUGGCUGGUCACAUCGUCUGAAGAUGGCACGGUCAAGAUCUGGGACACGCGAUCAGGCAACGUUCAGCGCAACUACACUCAUGGCGUUCCGGUCAACGACGUCGUCAUCCAUCCAAACCAGGGAGAGCUCAUCAGCUGCGACCGCGGUGGUAACGUGAGGAUCUGGGACCUGGGAGAGAAUAAGUGCUCUCACCAGCUCAUUCCAGAGGACGACGUCAGCGUGGCUAGUGUUACGGUUGCAAGCGACGGGAGCAUGGUCUGCGCUGGCAACAACGCCGGCAACGUCUACGUUUGGCGCAUGAUCCAGCGCAGCGAUACCACCUCGAUCCUCCCCAUCUGCAAGUUCGUGGCCCACACCACCUACAUCACCCGCGUCCUCCUGUCCCCCGACGUCCGUCAUCUAGCCACUUGCUCCGCCGACCACACAGCGCGUAUCUGGUCCGUCGAUCCUACCGCUCCUCAUAACGUCACGCCUACCGACAACCUGCCGGCAGCUAGCGAGCGCGACCCAGCUGCCUUCCCUCUAGAGACUACGCUACAUGGUCAUCAGAGGUGGGUCUGGGAUUGUGCCUUCUCAGCCGAUAGCGCCUACCUCGUUACCAGCUGCUCAGACCACUAUGCUCGGCUGUGGGAGCUUGGUAGCCAGAGCAUCAUCCGGCAGUACAACGGACACCACCGUGGUGCUGUCUGUGUCGCGCUCAACGACACGGCCGUCGGUAACUAG